AUGUCCCAAAUUGUGACUACUACUUCUCGGAACCUAGUUCUAUUUUCAAAGAAAUGGCAUUCAUGGAGAAAUUCUUCAAUACUGCUUCAAUAUGUAGUGACUAGUUCGGCCAUCAAGACCGAAACCAACAUUACAACUGAUCAAUUAGCUCUUCUUUCCUUGGAAUCUCAGAUCAUUUCUGAUCCUUUUGAGCUCUUGGCCAAAAGCUGGUCUCAAGAUACUUGUGUUUGUAAUUGGAUUGGAGUCACUUGUGGCUCUCUGCACCAUAGAGUGACUUCCUUGAACAUCUCCAACAUGGAUCUAACAGGAAUCAUUCCUCAAUAUUUUAGAAACCUCACAUUUCUUGUUUCUCUUGACUUGAGAAACAACAGUUUCUGUGGCACUUUGCCUCAAGAAAUGGCUCAUUUGCAUCGACAAAAGUUUGUUAGAUUGAAUUAUAGCAAUUUUAGUGGUGAAAUUCCUUCUUGGUUUGUCUUCAAUGCUUUAGAGGGACAAAUCCCAAAAAACAUUGGAAACCUAAAAAAUUUGAGGGGUUUAAGCUUUGAAAGUAACAAUCUUACAGGUUCUAUUCGUCCAUCCUUUUCAAAUGCCUCAAAGCUAGAAACUUUGAUUCUUUCUAAGAAUUUCCUUCAUGGAAACAUCCCAAAUGGGAUCGGUGAUCUUCACAACCUCAACUGGUUGACUAUAGAAACUAAUCAGCUUGCAGGUUCUAUAACAUUCCCAAUUUUCAAUAUUUUCACAAUUGAGACUAUUGGAUUUCCCGACAAUGGUUUAUCUGGUAGUCUCCCUACUGACUUAUGUGAUCAUCUUCCGAUACUCAAAGGUCUUUAUCUUUCUUUUAAUAACCUACUAGGUCAUAUGCCACCUAGCUUGUCAAGAUGUUACAAACUUCAGCUAUUGUCUCUAUCGAAUAAUGAAUUUGAUGGACCAAUACAUAGUGAAAUUGGGACGUUAAGUAACUUGCGGACAUUAUAUCUUGGAUUUAACCGUUUCACAGGGAAAAUACCAUAG